AGACAAUUAUUUUUAAUGGUUUACUCUCAAGAAAAUAGAUAUUUGGGAAUAAUUAACGUACUGUAUGCAUCUAACACAUUGACAUUCUUAUAAUUUCAGGGGUCGGUCUGGAAAAAUUAGAGUGCAGAGUCUGAAGAUUGGAUUGAUGUCUCUCUCCAAAGGUCUCUUAGAAGAAAAGUACAGAUUUCUCUUUAAGGAGGUGGCAGGGCCAACAGAGAUGUGUGACCAGCGGCAGCUCGGCCUGUUACUGCACGACGCCAUCCAGAUUCCUCGGCAGCUGGGGGAGGUAGCAGCUUUCGGAGGCAGUAACAUUGAGCCCAGUGUCCGCAGUUGCUUCCAGCAGAAUAACAACAAGCCAGAGAUAAGCGUGAAAGAGUUCAUAGACUGGAUGCGUUUGGAGCCACAGUCCAUGGUGUGGCUGCCGGUUCUGCAUCGAGUAGCAGCAGCUGAGACUGCAAAACAUCAGGCCAAAUGCAACAUCUGCAAGGAGUGUCCCAUUGUCGGAUUCAGAUAUAGAAGCCUAAAGCAUUUUAACUACGAUGUCUGCCAAAGUUGCUUUUUUUCCGGUCGAACAGCAAAAGGUCACAAAUUACAUUACCCGAUGGUGGAAUAUUGUAUACCUACAACAUCUGGGGAAGAUGUGCGGGACUUCACAAAGGUACUGAAGAACAAGUUCAGGUCAAAGAAAUACUUUGCCAAACAUCCUCGGCUUGGCUACCUGCCUGUCCAGACAGUUCUGGAAGGUGACAACUUAGAGACUCCUAUCACACUCAUCAGUAUGUGGCCAGAGCACUAUGACCCCUCACAGUCUCCUCAGCUGUUCCACGAUGACACCCACUCAAGAAUAGAGCAGUAUGCCACCCGACUGGCUCAGAUGGAAAGAACUAAUGGGUCUUUCCUCACUGAUAGCAGCUCUACCACAGGAAGUGUGGAGGACGAACAUGCCCUUAUCCAACAGUACUGCCAGACACUCGGUGGGGAGUCCCCUGUGAGCCAGCCUCAGAGUCCAGCUCAGAUCCUGAAGUCUGUGGAAAGGGAAGAACGAGGAGAACUGGAACGCAUCAUUGCUGACUUGGAGGAAGAACAGAGAAAUUUGCAGAUGGAGUAUGAGCAACUGAAGGAGCAACAUCUGAGAAGAGGGCUCCCAGUCGCUUCACCUCCAGACUCAGUGGUAUCUCCUCAUCACUCGUCUGAGGAUUCAGAACUCAUAGCAGAAGCAAAACUCCUUCGGCAGCACAAAGGUCGGCUGGAGGCAAGGAUGCAGAUUUUAGAAGAUCACAAUAAACAACUGGAGUCACAGCUGCACCGCCUUCGACAGCUGCUGGAACAGCCUGAAUCCGAUUCCCGAAUCAAUGGUGUCUCUCCGUGGGCUUCACCACAGCAUUCUGCACUGAACUACUCCCUUGAUCCGGAUCCAAGCCCACAGUUCCACCAGGCAGGGACAGAGGACCUGCUGGCCCCACCUCAUGACACCAGCACGGACCUCACGGAGGUCAUGGAGCAGAUCAACAAUACAUUUCCAUCUUGCUGCCCAAAUGUCCCCAGCAGGCCACAGGCAAUGUGAAGUGUUCAUCUAGCCAACCAACAUUUCCUGUCUCACAGUGUUGCCCUUCUGUGCAAAUGCUAAUUCCAAGUUCCAUUUAAUCUGAAACUCCAUGGCUCCUUGACACAUGUUGUUGAGUAUUGACUGUGUGUUCUACUGAGGGAGUAAAACACUGACUAUCCAAAGAGAAAAGGAUAUUUUGUUUUUAUAAUAACCAUAUAUUAUUGUUUUCUUCUUCCCUUUCUAUGCAACUGUAAAUUAAUGAACAGAGAGGUAUUUGGAAAUGGUUAUACAUUUGUCACUGAUUUGUAUAAUGUAUACAGCUUUGGGAAAGUGGGUGGGGGCUUUCUAAUAUGAUAAUGUCUUUUUAAUAAUGGUGACAAAAAUUGCAUAUGAAUUAGAAGACCACUUUACAUUUUUACAUUCCUUCUGCUGUUCAUAUUAAUCUUGUAUAAUAAUCUCAUUUAUUUCUUUACCUCUUUUACCAUUGCAUUUUGGUUAUUUAUAAGUCAUCAACCAUAUGACCAAGCAGAUUCCGUGUACUUGUGUUCAUGAUUUGCCCAAAUGAAUAAGUUCAUAUAUUUGAAUCAAAUAUUAUAUAUAUAUAUAUGGAUUAAGUGACAGCCCUGAGUAUUCUGUUUAACUUUAUUUGACAUUAUAUACUUAUUUUGUUAGUGACCACUUGGAUAACCACAAUAAAAAUCCUGUGGGCCUAAAUGGCAUGUCUGUUGGGAUUGUUUUCCUUUUUUUUCCUUUCUCUCUAUAAGUAGAUCUUGAUCUCUUUAUUUAUUUCUUAUCCCUAUCUAUAUGAUAGAGAAGACUGAAUUCUAAUAAUCUCAAAGAUCAUUUUCCAAAGGUGGUCCAUUUAUGCAUAUUUUCAUUUUGACACAGAAACAAAACUUGGUACAAUUUUUGUACCAAACAAAACUAGGUACAAUCCUAGUUCUCAGGCUUUGAUUUUCAUUAUUAAAUGCACAUCAGACCUGUUGUCAUACCAGAACACAUCAUCGUCUUUCAUUCCCUUUGAAGAGAAUUUUAUGGUUGUUUUUGGAUUUUUAAGUCCCUUAUAAUUAUUAAAACUCCCAGUUGUUUUCUUUCUAAAAGCAGACUCUGAUUUAGUGCAUGUCUCAUUUUACCUUUUGGGUAAGUGGACAGAUGUCUUAUUACCUUCACUUGGUCAACACAUCUAGGAAAGAUGUUUAUCAAAAGCCUAUAUGGCUGCUUCUUCAGAAGAAUGAAAUUAGUGCUUUGAUGAUUGUACCUCAACCCCUGAGUGCAUUCAAUUAGGUGUUUAGUUCCAUUUGUUACUUAACAUUUAAUUGAUUCAUUGUAAACAUGUUAUUUAAUUACCAAAUGUAGAGAAACCAAAAAUAAAAGUGAAAAUAAUAUGUUUUGAUUCAAACAUAUUAAAACAUCAGGAUAUUUUAACUGUGGGCUCUCUUUCAUUUGGAUCUGGACAGAAGGAGGCUUAAAGUUAGAAAUUGCUAUUCUUUUAGGAUAGGUUGGGUGGGUUGGGGGGCAAGGGAGUCUAUUUGCAGCAUAGAUAUUUUGAGAAGAAAAUUGUUUUAUAUAAGAAGAAAGCCAUGACCACCUCUCUACCUCAGACCCAUCUUCCUCUGUCGUGUUGGAAAUAGCUUUAUGCCACUGAAGUUUGCAAAGCCUAGAGUUUUCAUCAGGCCAUACCAUACCCAAGAAAAGUACCUAUUUAAGGAAACAAAAUUCCCUAAACUCAGAACUCCAAGUUGUAGCUUUGUUGUCUUCCUCGUUCUUACUUUGAAAAGUCAUGUAUUAAUUGUUAUUUGCCUGUAUUUGUAUGCAAACUAUUCUCUUUCUGCUGUUUCAAUAAAGCUACAUAAAACACUACAUUGUAACCCUCUAAGUAAUAAUAAAGGCAUAUAUUACACUAACAACAAUGGGAAAUAAGUAUAUUGUUCUUUUGAAAUAUGUGGUAAAGAACUAAUCAUAGACUGUCAUCUAAUCUGGUUACAUGUUGUAUUUUUCAUCCUGAAUAAAAGUAAUUUUAACACAAAAUGACUUUGAUAUUUUUCAGCUGUGACCAAUGGACUCUGUCCUUGAAUGUACACGGAUGAAAAUA